CAGCCCGUCAUAUCGCAAACACUUAUAGUGUCUUGCAAGCAUCCCAAAUCUGGCAUCACGGAUCCGGCCUACACUCCCGCUCCUAUCGUAUGUCGGCCAAUGUGGGCGAGAGGCGACUCCGCACUUACUCCCCACACAAUGUUUCGUUUCGACGCAGGACGGAAUGGGCGCGCAACGGAACAGUAACAGCCGCCCGCACUACCACACUUGACCGUCCAUCCAUCCUCCCUCGAUAAAAGACGCAUUGUGCGACACAGGCGAUGGCGAACACGCGCCCCGCCAACCCCUUUUGGCGACUCAGCCGCAACUCUGGUCUGCAUCCCUGCCAGCUGCGAGUGGCGAGCCACAGUCUUCCCUGUCUUGCAUCAUGUCCAGGCCUCUUACCCCCUGGGGUGUGUCCAGCGCCCUGUUACCUCGCCUCUGCAGCCGUCUCUUCUUUCCCGUCUCCGAUUACUGGUUCAUCACACGGAAGAUUGCCAACGCGAGAAGCUAGACGUGGCCUGCCAAAACUCAACUUCAUCGACAUCGCUCGCUGCAGAGUUUUGCGGUCGGGCAUGGGGCUUUCGCUCGAGGAGAAAGCCAGAACAAAGACCUGGCUCAAAUACACGCGAGGCAAAUGCCCUCGUUCAUGUGUGGGUGUCGUUCCCGUGCAGCAUGCGCGCGGCGAGCCGCGGACUGCCUGUCAGGUUGCAGAAACGAUGCCGCCAGCCUUGGUGACGCCCAAAGUCAAAUGCGCAAAUACCAAGAUUCGGUGUUGUGUUUCCCCUCAAAGCACCUCGAGACUAAACCUUGCCCUCCAAAGAAAGAAAGAAAAAAAAAGAAAGAAAGAAAACGGCCCUGGAUAGUCCGCUUGUGCGCUGUCUUGCAAGACGAUUACCCAGCAAGGCCGCGUAACGCGCGAAGCCUCAAACAUGUCAGCGCACGUCGGAUGGAGCCAAAGACAGAGGCUGU